AUGGUUAGAAUGGAUUUGGAGUCGUCUGACACGACCAAACAAUCAUCGCCAAACUCCGACUUGGGAGAAAAGAAACCUUUGGCGGUCGAACCACUGACCGUUUUCUCGGACGAAUCGUACGCCUGCGACCGCCAAUAUGCGAUUGUGCUCGCGCAACUUAUGUCGGUCAAAGAACGCGCCAAAGUGUACACGUGGAUCGAAAGGAUGGACACUAUGAAGGAUAGCGACGACAUGCGUGAAGAACGUGACCUUUACCUGAAAUUUUUAACUGUGUCGCUAAACAACGGCAAACUGGUACCACCGUUUACCAAGGAUCCGCCAGCSGGUUUGCGCCCACUCAGCACCAUCGUGCCCAGAUCCGUUUACAAUUUUAUCUUCAAGGGAAAAUACACCAAUGGCGAAGGCGCCUCCCAUCUCUCCGUGGACACCGUUGGCCACAAGUUCAGUCCACCCGACGAGGUCGAGCCCAGCCAGUUUUUUGCCCGACAACCUGUACCGCACAACGGUGACGUCGUGUACGCCGCCGCGUUCAGCACCAAAAAAUGAGACGAAACUAAAACACAGACCUAA